ACCCAUUCUGCCAUCCUCUCUUUCUCUCUCUCCACGAGGAUUCUUGUAAACCGCCGCCGCCGCCGCCGCCGCCGCCGCCGACCUCACCGCCGACGCCAACCACGGCCGCCGCGCGCUCGAGCCACCCUCUCAUGGCGGAGAGCUACGCGCUGGAGAUGGACGACCUGCACAGGCGGUGGCUGCCGAAGGAGAUCCUCGACGACAUUGGCUUCGCCGACGACGGCGACGCGCCCCCGCCCCCCGCCGCCAUCGAGGGCCUCGCCGUGCACCUUGCCGGCAUCCUCGGCAGCGGCGCCCGCAAGGCCGCCGCCCCGCCUCCGACCGCCGCCGCCUCCCCCGCCUCGUACCACAACCAACUCCACCGCGUGCCGGUUUGCGGGCAGGUGCUCGUGGCGUACGGCGGCGCGGCGGGGUGGCCAUUCACGCCGUACUCGUCGCCGGCGCAGUGGCAGGUCGCGGCCGGUCUCGUGAACGGCGGCGCGGUGGACCACCGGCGGCGUCUCGGGUCCCCGCCGCCGAAGAUGCGCGGCGGCGGCGGAGGUGGCACCGGCGUGUUCCUGCCGCGCACCUACGUGUACCACGCCAAGGAGGAGUCGCCGGCGCCGGCGGCGACCAAGGCCUCGUCGAGAGAUGGGAAAGCGUCCAAUGAUCUCCUCGUGGAGGAGCAGCAGAAGCAACCAGGACAAGGCGAGGAGGAGGAGGAAGGGUCACCGGCGGCGAAGGCGAAGAUCGAGCAGCAAUGCCCGCCGCCGAUGACCGGAACUGCCUCGUCGGAGGUGAUGCGGGUGUGGCCGAACGCGGCGGCGGCGGCGGCGUUGCCGGAGCUGGCGGCGCUGCCUCAGGAAUGGACCUACUGAUCGAUGGCGUUGAUGAGAUGAUGGCGAAGAAAGGAUCAAGGGGAGGAGGAAGAGGAGGCGUAGAUGGGAGAUUGAGAUUAACUUAGGUUAUCUAGUGUCAUUUAGUAAGGAAUAAAAAACGAUGAAGUAGCAGCAUCAGCAGCAGGAGCAAAAGGGUAGUAGAAAGAAAGAAGGAAUAAAUGGGAGUAUUACUAGUGGUGGUAGAUGCAUGGGAUAAGCUGCUUUGAUGGAGGGUAGUCAGUAACUCAGUAGUGGUGGUUUAGCAAGUUAAACCGUUGUUACUUUGCGUCGAUCGUCUCUUCUUGUUAAAUCUAGCAACUUCCAGGAAUAAAAAAUGGUCGUAAUUUACCGACAA